AUGAGCUCCCUGGUCAGCACCUUGCACCUCCAGCUAGCUGCCUUUGCUCUGGGCACAGUAGGCUGGAUCCUGUGCACCACUUCAAUGGGAAUUGUGGAAUGGAGAGUGUGGCACGUGGACAACACCACUGUCAUCUCCUCUGGUAUUGCCUGGGUGGGGAUUUGGAAAGUCUGCUUCAUCAGUUACCUUCACAUCUCACCUGGCUACAAAGAACAGUUCUGCCAUAAGUUCAGUGGCUAUGACUCCUCCAUCCCCCACGAAAUUUAUGCUGCUCAGGGUCUCCUGUUGAUCGCCAUGUUCAUGGGCUUGCUGGGACUGACUGCCACAAUAUUUGCUCUGAGAAAUGUUUAUAUGAGAAUCACUCACAAAACUCUUAUUACCCGUUUCUUCCUUUUGGGUGGCUUCUUCUACAUAUUUGCUGGUCUGUGUGUUCUGAUUCCUGUGAGCUGGAAUUUCUAUUCUGUAAUGCACAACCAGAGCAUACCUUUUCCUCCUUCUUCUUACAUGCCCUCCAGCCCAGUGGUGCAGGAAGCUGGUGCUGCCAUUCCUAUCGGGAUUGCAGCUGUCAUUUUCCUGCUGCUAAGUGGGACUUUUUCUCUCUCAUACAGAUUUCUGGUGACCGCAAACACUAUCACAAAAUCCUGACAGGAUAAAUCCCCUCUGCUGUUUCAGAACAAUGGCAUAGUUAAAGAUAAGAAUGGCAGCAUGAGUGAUUUUAUAGUCAGGGAACUGUAGAAUUUUGGUUUAGUCUAUAGUAGCCACACUGUUUUGUUAGAUGAUCCAGCUGAAUUACCAUCUUAGUUGUCACAUAUGACCAGAAGUUCGUCUUUGAGGUAACUGCUGUUGAGCAGCAACUGUGAUUAAGUUUUACCAGUUUUCCUCCUUUGUAUAUACAAACAUUGAUUAAUUUAUUUUUUGUGUAAGAUAUUUAUCAUGCUCAAAGAGCUGGCUCCAAAUUAACUGUCCUAUUAGACUAAUGUGAAAUAACACGUGUUAAAUGUGAACUUGUUUCCUUGUUGGUACUAAAUUAUUUUGUCCAUUAUUUAAUUACAUCCAUAGCGAAUUACGUUUUGUGACAAGUCAAGACUUUUAAUACCAAUACUAUGGGAGUCAUCACUCACGUCAAAUGAGUCUUGCCUGAAUUGUCUUACAAAGGCCUUGUCAGUUUCCCCUCUUCCUCUAGGGCACAUAAUGAGCUGUAUCUUUAAUGCUUCUAUUUUUCUUGCAAGGUAUUUGCAUUUUAUGUUGCAACAUGUUUGCCUGUGGGCAAGGUGUGCUCUUAGUCCCUCACUUAGGCAGAGAGAAAAAGUCUGCAAGUGUUUGCUUCUUCACCAGACACUUCACCAAAUUCAAAGGUAUUGCGAAAGAUGGGAACAACUUCUACAAGUCAUUACAAAACUGCUGUCAAAAUCACUGCUCUGAGUAACCGGGAAUAUUCAGUACAACUUUUAGGAUAUGA